CGCCCGCGCUGAGCCAUGUUGUAGGAAAUCCGCUUGCGGCGGAUUAUUGUAAUCCGACAGAGGGUCUGGGCGACACAUCGGAUCACGACAGGAAAAAAACCGAAGCGCAGCGGCCUGGAACAGAUGCACUUCGUCCGAGAAUAACGGGAUAAAGCCGGGACAUGAUCCGCCGCGCCGCUCGGUGUUGCUGAAGCCAGAGAUCGGCGCUGCUGCCCGGGCCGCUUCCUGCCUGGACCCGUGGGUCGCGUCACCGCACCGCAGAGAGCAGCGGGGCAGAGCGGGGAGGCUCCGGUUUGUCGGUGAAACGGGCACCCUCCCUCCCUCUUCCCUACCCAGGUCAGGUCUGACUCCGGCUCGGCUCGGCUCGGCUCGGUCGCCCUGUGCACUGAGGGACGCGCCGCCGCCGCUGCUCCCAGCCAUACCGCCAGCUAGCGCGGCUAGCGUGCUCCAGCUAGCCUGCUAGCCCGUCAGGAAGGAAUCGGUCCGGUUCAGCUCCGAAUUUUACCCGUUUCCGGCCCGCAGCCCGCAAGCAGGGAGGGAGGAUGUCGGCCAAAGACCAGAACAAACUCUCCACCACGGAGCGGCCCAUCAAAGCGGUGCCGUAUCCCCCUGGCAACCGCCUGUCCGUCAAAGAGCUGUACGUGGACGGGAGGCCCAGCGUGGAGCUGCUCAAGGCCCAUCUGGUGAAGGAGGGGCGGCUGGAGGAGGAGGCGGCCCUGCGGAUCAUCAACGAGGGCGCCGCCAUCCUCCGGCAGGAGAAGUGCAUGCUGGAGGUGGAAGCCCCCAUCACAGUGUGCGGAGACGUCCACGGUCAGUUCUUCGACCUGAUGAAGCUCUUCGAGGUGGGCGGGUCCCCCAGCACCACCCGUUACCUGUUCCUCGGGGACUACGUGGACCGAGGCUACUUCAGCAUCGAGUGUGUACUGUACCUGUGGGCUCUGAAGGCCAACCAUCCCAGCACCCUCUUCCUCCUCAGAGGCAACCACGAGUGCCGACAUCUCACAGAGUACUUCACCUUCAAACAGGAGUGUAAAAUAAAGUACUCUGAGCGUGUAUAUGAUGCCUGCAUGGAGGCAUUCGACUGCCUGCCUCUGGCCGCCCUCCUUAACCAGCAGUUCCUGUGUGUGCAUGGGGGUCUGAGCCCUGAGAUCACCUGCCUGGAUGACAUACGAAAGCUGGACCGGUUCAAGGAGCCUCCGGCCUUCGGGCCGAUGUGCGACCUGCUGUGGUCGGACCCGGGGGAGGACUACGGCUCGGAGAAGACCCAGGAGCACUUCUGCCACAACAGUGUCAGAGGCUGCUCUUAUUUCUACAGUUACCCGGCAGUAUGUGACUUCCUGAUGAACAAUAACCUGUUGUCUGUAAUACGAGCACAUGAAGCCCAGGACGCCGGGUAUCGAAUGUACAGGAAAAGUCAGACGACAGGCUUUCCUUCUUUAAUUACAAUCUUCUCUGCUCCCAACUACCUGGAUGUGUACAACAACAAAGCGGCGGUGCUGAAAUACGAGAACAAUGUGAUGAACAUCCGGCAGUUUAACUGCUCCCCUCACCCCUACUGGCUGCCCAACUUUAUGGAUGUCUUCACCUGGUCUCUGCCCUUUGUCGGAGAGAAGGUGACGGAGAUGCUGGUGAACGUGCUGAACAUCUGCUCCGACGACGAGCUCAUGUCCGAGGGAGACGACACGUGCGAGGGUGGCGCUCCGGCUGUCAGGAAGGAGGUGAUCAGGAACAAGAUCCGAGCGAUUGGAAAGAUGGCCCGUGUCUUCUCUGUGCUCAGAGAGGAGAACGAGAGCGUGCUGCAGCUGAAGGGGCUGACCCCGACCGGGACGCUGCCUCUGGGCGUUUUGUCCGGAGGUCGGCGGACUCUGCAAAGCGCCACCGUAGAGGCAGAAGAGGCACGAGCCAUCCAAGGCUUCAACCCGCAGCACAAGAUCCAGAGCUUCGAGGAGGCCCGCGGGCUGGACCGCAUCAACGAGAGGAUGCCGCCGCGCCGCGACAGCAAGCAGCACGAGGCCCCGCCCUCCCUCAACAACCUGCCGGCGAGCACCGGGCCCCCGGACAAGAACGGCACCAACGCUCAGGCCUAGACCCUCCCGCCUCCUCUUCCUCCUCCUCUCCUUCCUUGCCUCCUUUCCUCCCCUCCCUCCGCCGUGAGCGGUGGACGAGGCCGUUCAGUCCGAGCGACUCGCCGCGCUUAAUUUAUUUCAUCAUCGGUUAAAUAUCGUAGUUUCAGACUGAACAGGAAGAAAUCUCAGCGCCGCUCGCCGUCUCCAAUCAGGAGGCUGCUGGUACUCCACCACACCUUUAUUUUCUUUGGAGCGAGGAGGAAGUGACGUCAUUCAAACGCUGUGUUCGUGCCCACAUUCAUACACACACACACACUCACACUCAUACACACACACACACACACACUCACAGACUCACAUCCAUCCUUUCUUAUGCCAACAAUAGUGUGACUGAGCUCCGCCGAGCGAGUAUUUACAUUUAUAAAAUAUUAUAUGUAUAUUUUAAAUGUUCCCUCUUUUCAAUGUGAUGUUUAUUUUUUUUUUUUAUGACAUAGACUUAGGCUUUAACUAUCCAGGUGGGGGGCGGAGUCGAGAGCAGAGGUGUGCAGGAAGUGAAGAGUCAGGAGUUAAAGGGUCAUUCUGCUUCAUUCAGACUGAGUCUGCAGCUCCUCCCUGAACGGUGCUGAACGAAGGAGCUUUGAGUCGUCCACGUUUCAGGAGAUCCAGCUUUCAAUUAACUUUGUGCUCAAAACAGAAGCCAAAUCAAAGGUGCCGCCAUGACAGAGUCGUGAUGCUCGCUGAGGAUAAAAAGAGUAAAAUCAGAAAAUCUGUAAAAAAAAAAAAAAAAAGUGUGAAAAUAUUUUAUUAUAAAUGGUUAAAAAAAAAUCAGUGGAAA